AUGUCUACAAUAAUAACUAGUGAAAGUCAAGAUUCGGAGUGGAGAAUAUGCUCGCUAGAGGAGAAUGUGAGUUUGAUAACUUAUUUUGAAAAUACAUAUUAAUUUCAGAUGAAAUCAUUGGAAUAUAUGACAAACAUCUAUGAGCGAAACAUGGGAAAAUCGAAAAAUUUGCGAACCUCAAUCAAAGAUCAAAAAGCCAGUCAUCAGCAGGAAAUCAUGCAAAUGGAGCGAAAAUUGAGACAUAUUGAACAGGAUUUUGAUGGUACACAAGACACAAUGCAUGAUGUUUGCAAUACUCGUUUAUCCCAAGUGAAAUCAGCUUUGAAACCCUAUUUAUCAAAGGAUAAUGUUGAAGAAUCAUUGGAAAAUGGGAGAAACUUGAAAUCUAGGCUCAUCGAAGUUUUAUCAAAAAUCAGUAGAUUAGAAGAAAAUAUGAAGGAAAGUCUUCGAAUCUCAAAAAUUGCGCAACAAGAUCAUAAUUUGCUUUCGAUUCUUGAAGCCAAACAAAACAACGCGAUACGCCGUUUCGAAGAUAUCUCCCGACUCCAAAAUUUGACCUAUGAUGUGAAUUUGGAUGAUCCACUUUAUAACUUGAUUCAAUCUCCAACAUUGCUUUUGCUUUUAUCAGGAAUGGACGGAAUUUCUGGUUAUUAUAGGGAUAAUUUGAAGGCGCUUCAGCAGAGAUUAUGCGCAUUUGUUGCCCAAAUUCGAUACAAUGUUGGUUUUUUUCAUCUGACGAGCACAAAUAUAAUUUUUUUUUGGAAAACAACUGUUUUUUACAGAGCCAACAUGUAUUCGGAAGUCAACUUGAAUCCACUCAAAUGUCAAAUGGUGAAAUCUCCAUCGAUAGUUUAGUUGAUGCCACCGAACAUCCAGUAGAUAGCCUAACUUCAGCUAUCUCAAAAUAA